CGGAGAGACAGGAGGGAGGGGGAGAGAGGGCGGUUAUUAGGCGGCGCCAUUCCCGGUCACAACCCGCACCCCACCGUACACAGAGAACCCGGGGCGCCCCCAGCCAUAGGCCGGCACACUCACUCUCCAGUUUGUACAAUUUGGGACAUCCCCAGAAAAUGUGUCUUAAGGACCCCCUCCCCCCAAGCCCUCCAGCAGAGAUCCGAAUUAUCAGUUACUAAGUUUAGUUGAGUGCUCAGAAUCUGCGGUAGUCCCUGGAGAGGAUGAAGUGGUGAAAGGAUGGGGCUUUCUCCUGAAAGAUUGCACAAUGGCCAGAGAGGACUCUGUGAAGUGCCUGCGCUGCCUGCUCUACGCCCUCAAUUUACUUUUCUGGCUGAUGUCGAUAUGUGUUUUGGGAGUUUCCGCUUGGAUGAGAGACUACAUAAAUAAUGUGCUAACACUGACUGCUGAAACAAGAGUGGAGGAUGCAGUUCUUCUCAUCUACUUCCCUGUGUUCCACCCAGUGAUGGUCGCUGUCUGUUGUUUCCUCAUAAUUGUGGGCAUGCUGGGUUACUGUGGCGCUGUGAAGAGCAAUCUUCUACUUCUUGUGUGGUAUUUUGGGAGCUUGUUAAUCAUUUUCUGCAUUGAGUUGGCAUGUGGUGUAUGGACAUAUGAGCAAGAAAUCACGCAUGAUCAUGGAUUUUUGCAGGCUGUAAUUCAGUGGUCGGAUAUGAUUAGUUUGAAAUCAAGAAUGCCAAACUAUGGAUUACCCAGAUAUCAGUGGUUAACUAAUGCAUGGAAUUUCUUUCAACGAGAGUUCAGGUGCUGCGGAGUGGUAUACCUAACAGACUGGCUGGAGAUGACAGAGAUGGAUUGGCCCCCUGAUUCCUGUUGUGUGAAAGAAUACCCAGGUUGUUCCAAACAAGCACAUCAUGGAGAUCUCAGUGAUUUGUAUCAAGAGGGCUGCAGCAGAAAAAUGUACAGCUUCCUGAGAGGAACCAAACAAUUGCAAGUGUUAAGGUUCCUUGGAAUUGCCAUUGGUGUCACACAAAUUCUAGCUAUGAUUCUCACUAUCACCUUGCUGUGGGCUUUGUACUAUGAUAAAAAGGAUCCUAGAGCAGAACCAAUCCUACCUCUGAGCCAUGAGGAUGUCCAGCACAAUUGUCAUCCAGUAGAGAUAUUACCAGCAAACCACACAAGGAUUCCCGAUCAAAGAACUACUGCUAAUGGAUUUAAUACAUACCUUGAAAUGGAUGAAUUGUGAUAGGCUGUCAUACAAAUAACUCUUUGUAGCACAGUAUUGUCUAUAUAAUCUACAUAGUAGAUGGGUACACUGUAAGAAACAAUGUUAGCGUCAACUAUGAAAAAUGUUCUUGCUGAUCAGACUUACAUGGAGUACUUAAAGUAAAUUUUACUUAAAGGUUAAGGGAAAUCAAUUUUUUUUCUAAUCAACUGGUGCUAACAGUUAAACAGAUUUGUAAAUUAUUCUAUUUAAAAAUCUUAACCCUUCCAGUACUUAUCAGCUGCUGUAUACUACAGAGGAAGUUAUUUUGUUUUUGAAUUUGUUUUCGGUCUGACCACAGUGCUCUCUGCUGACACCUCUGUCCAUGUCAGGAACUGUCCAGAGCAGAGGCAAAUCCCCAUAGCAAACAUAUGCUACUCUGGACAGAGGUGUCAGCAGAGAGCACUGUGAUCAGACUGUAAAGAAAUAUACAACUUCCUCUGUAGUAUAUAGCAGCUGAUAAGUACUGAAGUAAUUUACAAAUCUGGCUUUCUGGCACCAGUUGAUUAAAAAAAAAAAAAAAAAACUGUUUUCCACCGGAGAACCCCUUUAAGACUACAGCAUGUUUUUGAUGAAAUAUGUAAUGUUGGAUUUUUUUUUAUAUAUUCAAUUCCCCUUAUUUAACAGUUACUUGUUAUUACCUUAGAUGGUAUAGAAUCAAUAUUUCAUUACUGGAGUGACUGAAAUGAAAUAGAAAAGUGCCGAAAUCUACCUUUCGGCACAUUUAGACUUUCAGUGUAGUAACCUGACUCAUUGAUUCUGUUCCCAGAUACUUGGAUAAGGAUCUGAUAUGCUGUGAUAAUUGUUGUGUAUAUUUUCUAUUCAUGUGACAUACUGUAUUACAAGGUAGGAAAUGUAUUGUGGGAAACAAUAUCAUUGACACAAGGUCAGUUUUACUACGUAAAUGUUUCUCAUGAGAUAAAACAAAUCUUUAGCUUUGUCAAAUUCAGACAGAUUUUAAAUGAGAUACAUAAGUCUUCUAUGUGAUAAGUCCAGAUUUGCUAGAAUAUUGCUGUGUGUUUCUCUCCAGACCCCCUAUCUAUCUAUCUAUCUAUCUAUCUAAUCUAUGAGCUGUGAAUGGAUUUACCACUACUGAUUCAUGGCUAAAUGAUGAAAAUCAAACUAUGGCCUAAUAUAGCAACCUGAAUGUAUAUCUAUUGUAAAGAAUAUUUGCUAUAAUGAUUUUGCUGUAAACUUUAAAGGGGUUGUCCAUUUUUUCCCCAAUUCCUUUUCUGUUAGAGGGUCACUAGAGAUUGAAAUGAUUACAGGUUAUCCCUCUGCAGGGAAGCAAUUGUUCAUAUCCCCUGCUUUGUGGAAAUAAAGCAUUACACUGUUCUCUUUAAAACCAGUGGGCUGUUAUAGAGAUUCUGAACAAGGAAUCCCCUCUACACCAACAACUCUCUAAUAGUGUAUUGAAAGGCUGGUUUUCUAAACUACUAAACCCUUUGAUGUACAAAGAAACAAUGCUGUAAACUAAUUGUAAUAUAUGCUUGCUUACCCAUACACACAAUGGCUGGAACUUGGAAGAAUUCUUAUGUAAUAUUUGUUUAUAUAUUUGUUUUAAUAGAACAUGGAUUCUUUUUACUGCUGUGGGAUUCCAGCUUGGUGUUCAUACGUUAUAAAUUGUCUCCCUGGAAGCCAUUAAACUAUUUCCUUGCUAAUCUGUAUUAAUAUUUUAUUUCCUUUUCCCAUUCUUAGCUUUAAAAUGUAAUAUAUCUGAAUGAGUGUGGCCCAGUAAUAGUCCCUCCUGCAGAAUACCCUGGAGAUGUUCUGUGACUACAUUGUAAAAGGUCCUCACUAGAUCAUGGUCAUUUAUUACUGUUAAACAAACAAUAAAAGUGUUGUCCAGCUCAUUGCUUACUAUAGUCUCAGCUUCUGUUGCCCUAUCACGUGUCCACGAUCCCGGACACCGUGCGACUUGCAGCAUAAACAAACCUGUAUAUAAAAAUUAAAGGGGUACUCCCGUGGGAAACGGUUUUUUUUAUUUUUUUUUAAAUCAACUGGUGCCAGAAAGUUAAACAGAUUUGUAAAUUACUUCUAUAAAAAAAAUCCUUCCAGCUUUCUUCCCCCCUGGUUAGUGCGGGGGAAGAAAGCUGACCGUUUUCCUUUAAGAAUAAAGUGCUUAGUCUCAUUUUUGAAUCCAUUUCUGUUUUUGUUUAAGGCUUGGGAGAAACCGUUUAAGCUGGCAAUGUAUGAAAAAGGUUCUUGUCAAUACAGUGAUUUACAUUAUUUAUAGAAAUAGAGAUGUAGCUGAGCACCACUUGUUAUUUCUCACUUUGGGACUAUAAAGCUCAUUCGUUUCUGCCCUUUUAUAAUAAUGUACUUAGAAUUGGUAAUAUUUACACAAAAAAUGUAAACAUUAGCCCUGGAGGGAAAUAAAAAUUCCUGCAAAUGAGUUUGAGGUAAGCGGUGUCAAAACUCACUAAAACAAGAUGCAUUCAACAAGAGAUUCUGACAGCUAUUUCACCCGCAUUAAACCCAAUAUACUGGCUUAUAGUGCAGGAGAAUAGCUGUAAAUAGAAGGCGUACUUAGGUUUUUAGGUUAGGUAUGUCCUAAAUUCUGCCCAUUACAAUGGCCUUUGCACUCCAGCGUGCAAUGAAGGCGGUGAGCAUCAUCAAAUUUAGUCCCCUUUUGUGACGUGAGACCGUGCUGGGUAUGGAUGAGCUUAGUUGGAGAUUCAGGGUCCUAUUCUUAAAAUCACAGGGUAUGGUUGUGGGAGGGUGGGGGGGUGGCUGCGGCAAUGUAGAACUACCUAACACCAAUGUGAAAGCAACUGCCCCCUUAAACAAAACUGUUUGCACCAAUAGCUACCAAGCCUCAUUACCAAAUGUAAUAUUUAGUCUCUCCCAUCAUUGUUAUUGGUAGAUUUUAUACUUCCUGGUUGAAUACUAAAAUCUUUAUGUAUUGGACUUUUUUUUGUGUCAAACAGAACUCUAUUUAUUAUAAACCAAAAGGGCUCAAUAAUAGAGACUUUUAGACCAUGUCCAUAGUAUAUAAAAUACAACAUGAAAUACCAAAAGAAUCACACAGAAAGAAUAAUGCAAACAUUGUGUAUAAUCUUUAUUAACAAAAGGUGAAUAAUAUUAAAAUCAAAUUAAAAAAAGGGAACAGUAACAGACUACUACCCAUGCAACAGACGCCUUAGUAGUCUGUUACUGUCCCCUUUUUAAUUUAAUUUAAAUAUUAUUCAUCUUUUGUUAAUAAAGAUUAUACACAAUUUUUGCAUUAUUCUGUCUCUGUGAUUCUAUUGGUAGAACUCUAUUUUUGUUCCAUCAUUUCUUGCUGUGUAAAAAUUGAUUCCUCUUUCCAUUAUGCUCAAUAAGAUGUUCAACAUAAAUAGUUAUUGGUGGACUGGUUUGGGUUAGCUGUGAUGUCUAGCAUCUGUUUUGUACAUAUAACAGCUUUAACUUAUUUGAUUAUUAGACUUUUAAAAUGUUUUAUGCUAUUUUUUUUUAUUCAUUUCUAUUUUUUGUGUGUUUUUUGUGGGGGGUAAAAUAUAUGAAUGAUGACAAAUGCAUAUUUUUAUAACAUUUCUACACUAUGUACAUUAUGACAAAUUUUAUGUAAAACAUUUUGGGUGGUUGGGCAGGCAAAAUGUACUACUUUUAAUUUUGUAUUUUGUCUUACUCAAAAAUUCAACAUUUACAGAACAAAACAGUCCUGAUAAUAGGACAGUAGUGACAUUUAGGACAUUGUGAUAAAAGGUUUCUAGUGACUACAUGGUCACUGGACUUUGCAGUCCUGUAAAAAUACUGGCCCUUGCACACAGUUCUAUGCUGCCAUGAAACAUUUUUUUUUACUGUACUUUUUAAAUGCCUCCAAUUGUUACCAUAUGCUGUUGGAUGCAGCUAACAGAACUAAUCUUAUGCAAUAGACUUAUAAAUAAUACACUAAUAAACCAUGGUGAUAUAUAAAAUCAUUUAGCACACCCCAAGUGGCUCCAUACUACGGAACAUUUGGUGUGUGAAAUACAUAUUAAAGGACGGGUCAUAUACAGCGCAUACACAGCGGGAAAUACGAUGCAUAUGCGCUUUGAGCAGACACGCAAAACU